UUGAAUUUCAUUUCCUGUUUGGCCAGCGUGGGGAGCUGAUCAGCAGGUGACCAUGCCGAGCUCCUCAGCACAGGGAACCAUGCAGGCCCAGACUCCCAAAGGAGAUCCAGCCUGGACCGAGCGGGAGGUGCUGGAUCUGAUCUCUAUAUGGGGAGAAGCCUCCGUGCAGGCAGAACUCCCGGACCACGACGCCGGGGAAGGCACCUCUGCUGCAAAUGUUUCUAUGCUCCCGCGAUCGUUUCCGUCCCAGAGGCUGGCGCGGAUUAGAAGGCGAAACAAACGCACUUGCGACGAGAUGUUCUCCGAACUCUUGCAGGCUGCAAGAGCCCAGCAGAAUGCGUGGAGGCAAACAGUGGCAGAGUUCAGGAAAGCAGAAAAUGAACGCCAGGAGAGGAGGCGGGAGCGAGAGGAGAGGAGGUGGGAGCGAGAGGAGAGGUGGCGGGAGCAGGAGGAGAGGUGGCGGGAGCAGGAGGAGAGGUGGCGGCAGCGUGAUGGGAGGACACGGGAUGCAAUUCUGAGGCUAAUGCAGGAGCAAAGUGACCUGCUCAGGCGUCUGGUGGCGCUGCAGGAAAGGCAGCAGGAGCACAGAGCGCCGCUGCAGUCCCUGUAUAACCGCCUGCCCUCCUCCCCAAGUUCCACAUCCUCCUCACCCUGACGCCCAAGAACGCGGGCGCGAGGGGAGGGCUACGGGCACCCAGCCUCUCCACCCCAGAGGACUGCCCAGGCAACGGAAGUCUGGCAUUCAAUACGUUUUGAAGUGCAGUGUGGCCUUGUCCUUCCCUCCUCCCCUCAUCCCCCACCCCACCCGGUGCUU